AUGCCUCCAAAGAAGAAAUGCAUCCGCCAGGCCCGCAAGGCACAACUGCGGUUCCUUGAAACUCCAAGAGAGGGGCCUACACAUCACUAUGGAUCUCCACUGCCUUUGGCUGAGAACCCAAGACAUGUUUCUACCAAACCUCUAGACCAGAAUGCCUCCAUCUCAUGGGUGUCUCCACAGUUUGAAAGCACCGUGUCAACAGGCUUCAAGAGAUGUCAGAAGCAGUGCCAUGUUGCCCACAGCUUCCAUAGCCGGGAUGAUAGUCGUGGUUUCCUCCAUGUGGGAGGAGUGUGUCGGAAACAAACGGUCUGCAAAUUUCCUCCUUUAAUGUUUGAGGCUCCACAGGCACACCCCUAUGCUGGAGCAACAGGGUACUCAGACUCUUGUGGUAACCCAGGGAAUUGUGCAAAGACAUGCCAUAUCCAGCCAAAGGGGGGCACUGCAGCAAAGCCCAGUACCUCAAUGGGCAAGCCUAAGAGCUGUAGAAAAGGGGCCUCUCAGUUUCCUAACCAGGAUGCUGAGCCAGAUGUCUUCAGUCCACCAGAUCUACGGACUCCAGAGCUGCCCUCUGUGAGAAGCUAUGGAUGCAGUGGUACUCUGCCACAGAUGAACACCCUCUCUCCAAAUCCACAUAGUGGCCUUGAUCUCUGUGCUGAUACCACUGAGAGCCUUGAACUAACAUCUGUACUGGUCAAGGAUACCCCAGAGCAUGAGUACGGAGUGAAGGUAACCUGGAGAAAACGGUCUCGCCUGAUGAGAUACCUGAGGGAGAAGGGGAUGCUGAGCCCAAGUGACAUCCUAGUGAAGACUGUAAGUGCUGAUCCCAGUCAGUGCUCAUCCCUUUGGAAAAAGGACACGCUGCCUUUGACUUGA